AUGGAGACUGAACCACCGCUUUCAAGCCCUCAGCUCGGGCCAACUGAAGAUGCUGCAUCCUCAUCAACAAACAGAAGAAAGUCCGGUCGGGUGACGCGCAAGCCUGAACUGUACGCCGAGAAGUUUGGCGCCAACGACAGUGCCACUCCAGGGCGAUCUAAGCGCAAGCGUACCGGCGGCGAUGACGACGAGGAAAGUGUAGAGGGGGAUGCGGACGCGUCGGAACCAGAAGUCGAUGAGUCCGCUGAUGAAGAACCCGACGAAGAAGAACUUAGAGAGAAGAGACGUGCUGCGCGUAAAGCCUCGUCUAAGAAAGCGACGUCUGAAUCUAAGGCCAAGGCGAAGCCUCGCAGUGCGAAGAAACCGAAGGUAGCUGGCAGUGGCAUUGGGAGCCAACUGGCGUUCCGACCUGCUACGAAUGGGAAGAGGACUGUUUCAUCCCGCCCUAGGAAACCGAAGGUGCGACCCAGCUUGGCUGCCGGUGAACGGGGUCUCUAUGCGGAGGUCUUUGGUAAAGGGCGCAACGCUGACACUACCGCUGCGGAGUGGCUUUCAAGAUACCAGAAAGAUCAAAGUGGCGCUGUGCGUGAAUUGAUUAACAUGGUGCUUAGGUGUACAGGAACCGGUAUCGAAAUAGACGAGGACCAAAUCAAGGAUGUCGACCACGCGCCGCGCUGUGUAACGGACUUGCAAAACGAAUACCAACAGGAAGGGAUUGGCGAGUGGCCCUUGAUCUCCAGAGCGAGGAAGUUUAGGUCUUUCCAGCCUGUGUUGGAAGAAUUCUUUAGGUCCUUGAUCCAGACUCUGCACCAUUCUUCGGUUCUAUACGACGACCAAAACCUUUUCGAGAAUAUCGAAAUAUGGCUUUCUGCUUUGUCGACUUCCCGAUGUCGGCCUUUCAGACACACUUCAACCAUAAUUGUAAUGGCGAUUAUGGGCGCUCUCUGCGAAAUUGCUCGAGAACUGAUGACAUCGGUCUCUACUUCUCGCAAGCAGCUUGAAAGUGAGAAAAAAAAGAAAUCUGUGAACCAAGGGAGAGUAACGGCUAUCGAGAAGGCUAUCAAAGAAGGCGAAAAGAAGCUAGAAAUCAUCGAUGAAUUCCUCAAAGACGGCGUCAAUGUGAUUUUCGUUCACCGUUAUCGGGAUGUUGAUCCAAUCCUUCGUGCAGAAUGUAUGGCGGCACUGGGAGAAUGGAUACGUACCUACCGAGAAUAUUUCUUUGAGGGACAGUUCCUCCGAUACUUUGGCUGGAUGUUAUCCGACCCCGUCGCCCAGGUACGCUCCGUCGUUGUAAACCAGCUUCGAAGCUUCUACGAAAACAACAAAGACAACAUUGCAGGCAUGAAUCAAUAUACAGGGCGAUUUCAUUCGAGAAUGGUCGAAAUGGCUGCUCAUGAUGCUGAUAUUGGGGUUCGCGCAUCUGCGAUUGAAUUAGUGGACCUCCUUCGGGAUGGCGGACUAAUUGAACCUAGCGAUAUCGACACAGUGGGAAGACUUGUUUUUGACCAGGAGCCAUCGAUCCGGAAAGCAGCUGGUCGUUUCUUUGUUGCUAACGUCCAGGAUGUAUUCGAUACCACAAUUGAAGAAGUUCGGGACGAGAUUGAUGAGAUGUUUGGCGAAGAGGAUGAAGAUGACUUCGAGUCGCCUAAACGUUCCUGGAUCAAGUUCAAGUGUUUGGUUGACACCCUUCAGUCUUACGACGAGCUUGAAAAUGAGUAUAAGCCCGACCAGGUUACCUCCACGACGAAGGACAUUCUCUCAGGUACUCCAGUUAAUACGCGAUUUGUUCUUGUUACCGAAGCUAUUUAUCCGUACCUUAAGGAAUUAGCCCAGUGGCAGUCCUUGGCUGGAUAUUUGCUUUACGAUCAUUCCCAGAUCGCGGAUAGUCCGUCCGAGGAUGAUACCCCUGGUACCAUCAAAAAUCUGUACAAGAUGCAGGAAGGACAGGAAGUUAUCCUCUUGGAAGUGCUAUGUUGUGCUGUUAAAUUGCGUGUUCUCGAAGUCGCCAAGUCUGACAUUGAUAAAAGAGGACGGAAAGUCAAGGCAUUGGCUGACAAGAUCCCUGAACUUCAGGAAGACAUUGCACAUAACCUUGCGCAGAUCAUCCCGCAACUUUUGAAUAAAUUCGGCUCUCUGCCAGAAGCUGCUUCUACUGUUAUACGACUUGAACACCUCGUCGAUCUUGAUAAGAUACAAAAUUUACAGAAGGACGCUACUGCCUAUACAUCAUUACUGAAUGACAUCAAUAAACAAUUCUUGACACACUCUGAUCAAGAUGUCCUUGCAGAGGCUAGUGUCGCUUUUCUUCAUGCUAAGAGCUCUGACGAUAUGCGAGAGGCGUUAGACAACAAGGUGCAGGAAUUGUGGGAUGACAUAAUUGAUACUCUCAGCACAUUGGCUCGAAAGAAGGAAGUUCUCGAGGGCAGAUCAAUACCUGACUCUGCUCUCAAUCAGCUUACCAACACUGUGAUGAGAAUCUCCAACAUUGCCAGUGUAACCGAUUGUACACAGAUCUUGGAAGCUACUCCUUCACGGUCUAAGGGUAAGAGCAAAGACGCUGCCGAAGCACCUUUCAAUAUUCUGAUGCACCUGGCGGAACGUGGUUUGCGCGAAACUGAAGACGACGAAGAAUCAGCAAAAACCGAGACUGAGUUAGUGAGCUGCAGCAUACGCACAUUGCUGUUCUACUUCAUGUGGAAAGUCCAGUCUUUGACUACCGCUCUUGACACCGGAAAUGCCUCUUUGGAUACUGAGUUCUUUGAGGUCUUGACGAAGAGUCGGGAGUUGUUUGUUUCGACCCUUGUCGCUAUCAUGCAGGCGCGCUCAGGCCUGGAUGAUAUACGCUUCUCAGCAGUCACAACACUUUUAGAUCUGCAGACCCUAUUCGGUACACUCCGGCAUGCGGGACAGAAUGCUGGCAACGACGAGGACGUCAUUUUCCAGACCCAGAGUUUGGUCCACGAGAUUGGAGCCGAACCGCAGAAACUCAUUGCUAAGAUCCAUGGUGUAGCAGAACGUGCCUAUGCUAAGAAGCUACGCUUAUCCUUCGAGCCCGCAGAAGACGACGAACCUAUAUCCGACCCCGAACUGGAAAAAGAGCCUGCCGAUGAUGAAGAUGAGUCUGGGUCUGAAGCAGAAGCUCUCGCGAACGAGCGUCUACGGUCCACCAUCGUUGCCGAACAGCGCCUUUGCGAGCUCACGGGCAAGAUCGUUCUUGCGAUUGUCGGUCGCGUCCUCGACGCCUCCGGAGAAGAGCGCGGCCAGCUGAAGCAAAGACUGGUCAAACGCAAGUCGGAACUAGGCCAGAACUACCGUGAAGUAGUCUCUUUCCUCGACGAGCGUAAACCCAGGAACCCCCGCCCCAAAGCCAAGCAACAGCCCACCACUAAGGAGGCAAACAAGGACCAAAGUAGCUCCAAGCACAAGUCAGCCGAAAGAGUAGAGGAUGACGAUGAAGAGGACGUGCAACUCCAUCUUGAAGAAGACGAUGACGAAGACCUGCGAGAAAGAGGCCUCGUAGAGGACGAUAACAUCGAAGAUAAUGACGAAGAGGAAGAAGAAAAUCCGACUGCCGCCGAUCCAGAUGAAGAUGAAGUUAUGGGUGACUGA